UGGGAACAGAUGAAGAUAAGAAAAAAAAACCCCGUGAGAAUGCCGUCAUAUGUGCUUCAGAUGACAUCCGUCAACAAGAUCGUUCCACAUCCUCGACAUCGAAGCGGACGUGGAAGAACGAUGAAGCGAUUUCUCGGAUUCCUCCUCGCCUUCUCCCUCCUCGCAUCUCUGGCUUCCGCGCUCGAGAGAGGGAGAUGCCCGGACCCAGAGGUCGGGAUCUGCACGCCCGACUGCGUCGACGACGACGACUGCCCCGACGGCCUCCUCUGCUGCAUCAACGGAUGCGGCUACCUUCGCUGCACCGAACCGGAGCCGACCUGCGAGGACGUCGAUUGCCCGGAGGAGGAGCAGUGCGUGAUGGCUCACACCCUGUGCGGCCUGCCGCUUGGUGAAUGCCCCGACCGGCCUCUCUGCAUCCCUGAUGACGCCCUGACGUGCGACAACGUGGACUGUCUGCCGGGUUACACGUGCAUCAUGCAGGAGGUGGUGUGCAUCACGACUCCCUGCUACCCUCGCCCCUUCUGUGUCCCGGAAUGAGGAAUAAAGGGAUGAUGUGCAGCUCCUUUCAAA